UUCCUGAGCUUAUUCAUGCAUUCAAAGUACUGGCGGACAAAUUAUAUCAAGCCAUUCAAAUGAUACUUCCCUGUUUUUGUUCGACGAGGGCGUUUGAUUGCACGAGAAAACAAUAACAUCUUAAAUCGUGGUAUUUGAUUAAGGGCUUAAAAGGUGUCGGAUUUAAGGAUAUGUGACACAGUCAAAGAAGUGUUCAAGUAAGGUACGCUACUCUAAGCUGCUGAUUACACAAGUUGCGAUGAGAGGUCGCUGGAGAGGGAUCUUGCUUUGUAUUGCGUGGCUUAAUUACAGCUAUGGGUACUGUCCGUUAUCGCUGCCUCAACGCGCCCCUGUAGCAGAACCUUGUCACAGUGACCGUCAGGCUCGCCUUAAACAGCAGCGCGAUACGCUCAAGCUACGCAAAGCCACCCCCGACAUGCCUUUCACCAGGCUAGGGCUAGACACAUCGGAGUACCAGAAGAUUGUGAAGGAGGACCCUUUCUUGCGUUAUCACGGACAGUUCCAGUUGGCCCUCUUUACGGUUUCCAAUUUGACUUACGAAACGUACAAGGCCAAAACGGCAGAGCUGCCAGCGGUACCCACCAUCCCCGAGUAUGCGCAAAUGCUCUCCAUUGUUGAGCCGGUGGCCGAAAAACGCUUAGGGGGCUUCUUCCGUCGCCCGGCGGAGCAUGAGGUAUAUCAAUCUGAUAACUCGCUGUGGAUCUCGGACGAGUUCUUUGCAGAGCAGAGGUUGGCGGGUACCAACCCGAUGGCAAUUCAGCGAGUCACUUUCUCUGCGGCAAGAGGGCUCAACUGGGCUGAUCUAAAGAAUCUUUUGAAUCCUUCAUUUGAUUUGAAUGCCGAAAUAAGGCAGAUGCUAACUACCGAGAUCCCUUGCAGUCAGGGCCACCGUGCUGUUGAAUGGGCCAUCAAGAAGCGCCUGCUGUACGCAUGGAGGGUGCCCAUAUGCGAUGACAUGGUCACCAUGGAAGACUUGUACAAAUUCCCCGGGGAAGGCUUUAAUCGUACCAUGUGGCCAAUGCUCUCGCCCAUCGCCAUCUUUGCUUCUGUUCCCACGGGAUCUCAAGACCCCGAGAGCAAGCGAAGGCUGAUGCCGCUCGCUAUACAGAUGAACUACAAACCAGACUCACGAGUAUUCACCCCGAGGGACGGUGGGCACUGGACGCUUGCUAAACUCAACCUGCAGUUGUCCGACUUCGGCUACAGCCAGAUGGUCGAGCAUUUGAGCAAGCUCCACUUCCCCGUAGAGUUGUACUGCCUCAGUUUGGAUCGACACAUCUCCACGCUGCACCCGCUACACGAGAUGAUGAAGUGGCACUGCCGAGGUGUGGUGCUCUCUAACACCGCAGGGGGGCCAAAGCUAGUGCAAAAGGGGCAUUUUGAGCACCACCUCCACGCCUAUGGCUGGAAGGGAGCGCACGAUUUUAUCAAAAGGGCAGCUAAGACCUUCAGGUGGAAAGAAAUGGAUCUAAGAGAAAACAUAUUCAGGCGUGGUUUGAAUGAUCGCCGGUCCCUGCCAUAUUUUCCCUACCGAGACGACGGCCAUCUCAUCCUAAAUGUCAUCGAGAGUGUCGUCAAUGAGUAUAUCGACAUAUACUACGAAGGUGAUGAAGCUGUGAAGUCAGACUUUGAGCUUCAAAACUUCGCAAGUGAAAUUUCUGCUGACGGAACAGGGUUAUUUGGCGGGGUUGGCAAGAUCCGCGGAUUCCCCCCGAAGAUCUUGACUCGUGCAAGCCUUAAAGAGAUCAUCACUCACAUGAUCUGGCUCAUGUCUGCGCAACACUCAGUGAUCAACUACCCUGCCAACGACUACGGCUCAUACGUCCCUAACACUCCAAGCAAGCUUUACAACGAUACACGUGGGCCAAGCGACGGCUCCUACAGUAUAUACAGCCUUCAGCAUAGGCACACCACAGCGCUUCAGCUACGCGUGUUUAUCAGCCUGGGCGUGCUCCGACUCGACCACUUGUUUGAUUACGGACCGAAUCUAGACGACAUGCGUGCACGUGCGAUCCUAUCCAAGCACUACGACAGACUAAGCCGACGUGUUGGUGGCAUACUCGAGGAACGCAACAAAAACCGCUACCAGAACGGCCAUCUAACCUACCCUUACCUCAUGCCACGAUGGCUACCGAACGGUAUACAGACAUAGGACAACAUCAGACGACGUCACCUUACUGAGAUACAGACAAAGGACAUCAUCAGAUGACGUCACCUAAAUAACAUACAGACAUAGGACAUCAUCAGAUGACGUCACCUUAAUAGGAUACAGACACAGGACAUUAUCAGAUGACGUCACCUAAAUGACAUACAGACAUAGAACAUCAUUAAAUGACGUCACCUUAAUAGGAAACAGACACAGGAUAUCACCAGAUGACGUCACCUAAAUGACAUACAGACAUAGGACUUCAUCAAAUGACGUCACAUUUUUGUAUGAGAUAAUAUAUGGUACUGAAAACGGGCAAUGUAUGCACAAAAGCCAGACUUUAAAGGGAUUUCUUAUCAGAAAACCCACACACUCAACAGCUACAGGGUCAACUGUGCGAGGAAUACAAAUAGUUACUAAAUGCUAAUGCUUAUGUAUCAGUUUUCAGUUGUUCGGCCUUGGGAGUUAACUCAGCGCGUAGAAAAAUACAAACCUGACUUUGGCCGUUCCCAAAUGAUUAAAAAGAUAUCUAUCUUAUUGUAGAAGUUAGAGCUAAAGUACAAAAUAAAAUACAGGCAUAUUA